AGAUAAGAUACAAAAAGAACAAUGAGAGGAGGAAAACUUAAUCACUUUCUCAUUCACCAUCCUCUUGGGGCAUCACUCUCUUCAUCUCCUUGUUUUUCCCUCUGAGGGUUUGUUCACCGCAGGCAGCACAACUGGCGACUGAAAUGGGUGAAUGGGAUCUGCUGGGACGCCUGCUGGAUAAAGUGCAGACUCACUCAACAGUCAUCGGCAAAGUCUGGCUCACAGUGUUGUUCAUCUUCCGCAUCCUGGUCCUGCGUGCUGGAGCAGAAAAGGUGUGGGGUGAUGAGCAAUCUGACUUCAUCUGCAACACUCUGCAACCAGGCUGUGAGAACGUCUGCUAUGACCAAGCCUUUCCCAUCUCUCAUGUGCGCUUUUGGUUCCUUCAGAUUAUUUCUGUGGCAACACCAAAGCUUCUUUACCUCGCUUAUGUCCUUCAUGUGAUCCACAUUGAGAAGAAGGUCAGGGAGAGGAUGAAGAAGCAUGUCGAGUUCGAUGACCAAGCCAAUCUUUUCCUGAAGAGAGCUUACAAAGUUCCCAAGUACAGCAACAGCAGUGGCAAGAUCAAUCUCCGUGGACGUCUUCUUCGCAGUUACAUCCUCCAUCUAGUGGCCAAGAUACUCCUGGAAAGUUUGUUUAUUGUGGGUCAAUACUUUCUUUACGGUUUCACCCUCGAGACUCGCUAUGUCUGCAGCCGCUUCCCCUGCCCUCACCAGGUCGACUGCUUCCUUUCCAGGCCCACGGAGAAAUCGGUCAUUAUCUGGUUCAUGCUGGUUGUCGCGUUCAUCUCACUUGUCCUUAGCCUGGCCGAACUGUUCUAUCUGUGCAUGAAAGCUGUGAAGGAGUGUCUGGCGAGGAGGCAGGACUACACCGUGAGCCCGGUGACACCUCCGCUUUCAGAAAGGAAGGCCUUUAAGAACAGAGACCAGAUGAUCCAGAAUUGUGUCAACACGGAACUGGAGCUCCAGGGACGCAAGUUAGGGCUGCACGGGGUCACAGGUGGUGUGGACGGGGCUGCUAAAAAAGUAUCAUCUGAGGGGAACAACAUGGGGGAGGUUCAUAUCUGAAGCUCAGGUACUGAGAAGGGAUGGAUUAUGUGCCUCUCCAGGUUUACUCUAUGUGGGAGGGAAACAGUGAAUCAGUAGUCCACUUCUGCAAAAAGGACUCCCCUCGUGUUGCUUGCAAUGGCUGAAUGUGAAAAUUGUGACAGGCAGUUAUGCCUUUUUUUUGACAGACUUGAAAUACCCAUCAUUUCAAUACGCUGCAGAUGUUAUUGAUAGAUGUUACUUAAAAUGCUCUUGUCAUGCCUUUAAACAAUGCAGUACCAUAGUUUUGAUUCAAUAAAGUUGUGCUCAAGGUAUGGCUGCGGUCAGAAUUUCAUUUUCCUGGAAUCACCUGUGGUAUUUCAGAUGACGUAAAUAUAUACAUAAAGCAAUGCUUCACAGCAAUACUGGCAACUGUAUUGAUUGAUUGACUGAUUGAUUUUAUUUUUUAAAUGUAAUUCUAAAAACACCAGCUCUGCCAGGGCAGUGAGUGCAUACAUGAAAGAAAAAUAAUGCCAUAAGGCUUAUUUCCAUUGUGAUCCAUUUGGGGAGGGGGAGUGUACAGGGAAGGGUCAAGACAGCAGAUCAGAUAAAGCAAAAAUGAUCACCAUUCACCACUCAUUUAAUAAAACUAAUUCAAACUCUGUACAUCACAAAUGAUUACAUCAGUACAUCAACACUACAUCCCAGCCCUCUCAACAGACUAUCUACAAGUCCAGGUAUGAACAAAAUAUUGAAAUAAAUAAGCUCCAUCAAUGUAAAACCUAGAAAUAAAGAUAAACUAGCAGGGUUCAUUGAUUUUUAUGGUAGUUGAGAGAGUUUUCAUUUUAGACAAGAGAAAUGCAACAAAAUGUGAUAUUUGCAAUAAAA